AUGGGUAUCCUGCAAGAGAGCAGUGCUACGAUCCAACUUGCGGGCCUCUGGGGUUCCAUUGACUGCGUCGUUGACGCCGUGAUUGGGUUCCUGUCGGCAAACUACACCCUUCCUGCCUUCGAAAUCGAAGAAAGAAUUGAGACCGAGAGAAGGAGAACCGAACUUGCCAUUCGGAAUGUACCACCUGCGACAAUCCGACAAUUUCUUCACUUCGCUUGGGUCAUCAUGAGACUAGUCAUAAAGAGCCUGAUCCUGUGCAGCCUGUUUGAAUACGCGGAAUUUCUGAGCAGGCGGGACCAAAUGCCGAAAAUGCUGAUUGUGGAGCCCGGCCAGGGAAGCUUUGUCGUCAGGGAAAGCGUGAAUACGUAUUGACCGACUCGACGCGUGGCAGAUACGCUGCAGCCGCAUGAUGUUUCAAUGCUAUAUAAUAAGAUAUAUUCGUUUAUAACAGCCGCAAUCUAUGAAGUCGUAGGUAGCACUUGGCUAACUACCCUUAGUCGAUGUUGCCGCCGUGGAACAAUUAAGAUGAAGCAUGGUUCCCGAACUUUCCAAUUAACUCCCGACCUAGCGCUUUAGGAAACUGCUACCACAACACUCUGCGUCACGACUUACGAACCUCAUUUGCCUUCACGAGAUUAUAUACAUAUUUGUCUGGUAUGUUCAUCUAUAUUGCUUUGUCAAGCUGCUUGAUGAAGUUUUAUGGCUAUGCCAUGGUUUAUGUGUUGCUGUUAUAUAAGCAAUAUCAAGUGUAUUUCAUUUCUAUUGGGCCGAGAUACUAUGCAUGAAAGUACCUUGGCUUGCAUUGCAUUUGAUGGCGCCUAAUAAAAUAAACAAAACAUGAA